AUGAGUCAGUCCGGCGUCCACCCAUCGCGCUCUGCCAUCCCCACAACCCACCCGAAAAAAGUCUCCAAUGCCCCUCCUGAUUGCCGCCAACGCAUUCGACUCUGUCCCUUCAAAAUGGCAAACACUGCUGACCCUGCGCUGAACCCUGUAUCCUCACCCCCUGCCGCCCCAGAGCCCGCCUCAAAGCAAUCCAACUCAAAGAUGGAUCAACCACAAUCCCAGUCCCAACCUCAACCUCAAGGCCAAAAGGCGCCGAAGCCCGCAAAACCCGCCAAGCAACAACAACCCCCCAAAGACAAGAAUACCGCCGCCGCGCCCGCCGAUGCAGCAGGAAGCGACAAGCUAUCCCCCGCCGAGCUGAAGAAAAAGGCCAAAGCCGAGAAGGCCGCCCGCCGAGCCCGUGAACGCGCUGAGCGCGAGCAACCCGGAGGAGGUGCUGGUGGUGCGGCAGGCGGACAGGCCCCUGGUACACCGGCUGGGAAGAAAGGUCCGGAUGCUGGAGCUGCGGCUGCUGCCUCUGCUAAGGGGCAGAAGGGGCUUCCGCGGAGAGGCUCUGCGCAGAACGUGCCGCAAAGCGCAGCUGCUGAGCUGAAGAAGAAGCAGGAGGAUAAGAACGUUGCUGUCUUUGGACAUCUCUACGGACAGCAGCGCAGGACUACGGUUGCGGGUGCUGGGAAGGAGGUUCAUCCGGCCGUGCUGGCGCUGGGGUUGCAGAUGAGGGAUUAUGUUGUCUGCGGAAGUAGUGCGAGAUGUGUUGCGACGCUGUUGGCGUUCAAGAGGGUGAUUGAAGCUUAUACAACACCCAUGGGCACAUCCCUUUCCCGCCACUUGACUACACAUCUAUCUCACCAAAUCACCUACCUCUCUACAUGCCGGCCCCUCUCUAUCAGCCAGGGGAAUGCUAUCCGAGCUCUCAAGCUGGCCAUCUCUUCCAUCGACCCUUCAGUCCCCGAGUCGGAGGCCAAGACAACGCUGUGCGAGUUCAUUGACACCUUCAUCAGCGAGAAGAUCACCGUGGCCGACCAGGUCAUUGCCGGAAGCGCAGCACAAAAGAUCAAAGACGGCGAUGUAGUCGUUACAUUCGCAGGCAGCUCGAUCGUCAAGCAGACUCUCCUCACCGCAUUCAAGCAGGGCAAGAAAUUUCGCGUAUCCAUCAUCGACUCCCGUCCGCUCUUCGAGGGCAAGAACCUGGCAAGAACAUUAGCCAACGCCGGCCUGGAGGUCCAAUACUCUUUAAUGAACGGCGUCAGCCACGCCAUCAAGGAUGCUACAAAAGUCUUCCUCGGCGCCCACGCCAUGACAAGUAACGGCCGCCUGUACUCGCGCGUCGGCACAGCGCUGGUCGCCAUGUCAGCCAAGGAGCGCGGCGGCGUUGAAAUCCCCGUCAUCGUCUGCUGCGAGACCGUGAAAUUUACCGAUCGCGUCGCGCUCGAUAGUAUCGUCGUCAACGAAAUCGCCGACGCAGACGAACUUGUCGUUAUCCAACCCCCGCACCAACUCACAGACCUGCCAGACCCUGCCGCUGCGGCCCAGCCCGAACCGAAGAAGGGAGGUAAACCUGCUGCGUCAAACCCUAACCCGACCGAGUCGAACACGGCGUCGAACAAGGACGGAUCCCCGCUUACGGAUUGGAGAGACACGCCCAAUCUGCAGUUGCUGAAUAUCAUGUACGAUGUCACGCCAGCGGAAUACGUGGAUAUGGUUGUUACUGAGAUGGGCAGUUUGCCGCCGAGUGCAGUCCCAAUUGUGCAUCGUAUGAGCACGAACUUGUAG